CCCGGCGCUGUCAGUGCGCGUCCAGCACAGAUCCGGGAUCCUCCAGUGCCAUGGCCGACCCGUCGCCGCUGCAGGCCCUGCUCCGGGCUGUCAACACGCUGCUGCGCAAGCGCCGCUACCAUACUGCACUGGCAAUUAUUAAGGGCUUCCGGAACGGGGUCGUCUAUGGAGUCAAAAUCCGGGCCCCUCACGCAAUGGUCAUGACCUUUCUCUUCAGGAGUGGCAGCCUCCAAGAGAAGUUGCAAGCCAUUCUGAAAGCCACGUACACCCACUCCAAGAACCUGGCCUGCUUUGUGUUUGCCUACAAGAGUCUCUGUGCCCUGCAGUCUCAAGUGCAAGGCGAGACCUACCAGAUGCACUCUUUCCUGGCUGCCUUCAUUGGGGGCUUCCUGCUAUUUGGAAAGAACAGUAACAUCAAUAGUCAGAUCAACAUGUACCUGACAUCACGUGUCCUGUUUGCCCUGUGCCGACUAGCUGUGGAGAAGGGCUACAUCCCUGAGUUCAGGUGGGACCCGUUCCCUUUGCACACCGCAAUAGUUUGGGGGAUUGCGCUGUGGCUCUUUGAAUAUCACCGGAACACACUGCAACCCUCACUGCAGUCUUCCAUGACCUACCUCUACGAGGAUAGCAAAGUAUGGCAUGACAUCUCAGACUUCCUCAUCUACAACAAGAGCCGCCCCUCCAAGUAACAGCCCAAGGUGCUCAUGGGAGCUCCUCCACCUGAACAGCUUCCAGGCAGUGUCCAGCUGCAGCUCAAAGUUUGGCUCUGUCUGCAAACCCUCACCGAGGAUCCCACCUUCUCAAAGUCAUGGACCUCACAACUCCAGCUUGUAUUAUCCCAGGGUUCCAUUUGCUGAAGUAAAAGCACUGAUUUUUGCA